CUCAGCUCAGCUCAGUCAGGUGUAGGCAGUGGUUCGAAGUGGUUCGAAAAGUUAGCUAGCUCCCGUCUGUUCCCGUUGAUUGGUCCCUCUGGAGGCAGCAGUAAUCCUGGGUCACUGUGGUUUGGUGUGAGUCUGUAGUAAGAGAAUGAAAAAGGUGCAGAUCUGUGUGAAAGUUUGGAUUUUUCCUCUAGUGUCUAAGGAAGUUUCUCAAUUUUGCUAAAGAAAAGUGUAAUCUUGAACGAUCGUUGAUCGUCUGGCAGAAGAUCUUUCAGUUCACAGAACAAGUAGAGAAAAAAGUGCAAUAUUCCAUUAAUAUUUCCCUUCUCGCAAUAUAGUGAGUGCAGAAAAUUGAUCGAAAAAACGGUUUUCAUACGCCCAUAUUUCCUGAGCACGGUGCAGAAAUGCAGCGAAAAAAAGGAAUGAAAUCCUGUAAAACCUUUGUCCUUUGCCGAGGAGAUGAAAAUUGAUUGCAGCGAUUGUUGGGUCUGUUGUGGGGAUGAGUGAAAUUUUCGUAUAUCCAAGUGUCGUAAUUGGCGGGUAAAAUUUGGCAAAAUGAUGGAUAAAGUGUGAAAAAUUUGCUAACAUCAUGAACCACUUGAGAGGCGGCCGAAGCUGAGUUGAAACGAAAAUUCGAAAACAGCAGUCGCAGAAGCAGCGGAAACGAGAAAAGCUGAAAGCUUUUGCACAUCUUGUGUGCGGGUGGAAGAAAAAUAGCGACCGAGUUGGGAGGGAGAGCCGGACGGAACAACCAGCACCAGCAGCCAGAGAGGAAAAUCAGGAAAAAUUACCUCCAGAAUCAAGCGUAACAUCUUCAGAAUGGCCCCAGGCCAUUACUUCUGGGCAAUAUUCUACUUUGCCUGUCUGUGCAGUGCGUCACUAGCAAACAACGCCAAGGUCAACUUUCGCGAAAAGGAGAAGAAGAUCCUCGAUCAGAUCCUCGGCUCCGGUAAAUAUGACGCCCGCAUCCGUCCGUCGGGCAUCAACGGCACAGAUGAUAAGGCUACACAAGUGUACGUCAACAUGUUCCUUAGAUCGAUAUCGAAAAUCGACGAUUACAAAAUGGAAUACAGCGUGCAGCUAACAUUCCGAGAGCAGUGGCUGGACGAACGGCUGAAAUUCGACGACAUCGGAGGCCGCCUGAAGUACCUGACACUGACCGAUCCGAACCGUGUCUGGAUGCCGGAUCUGUUCUUCUCGAACGAGAAAGAGGGCCACUUCCACAACAUCAUCAUGCCGAACGUUUACAUCCGCAUCUUCCCGUACGGUUCGGUGCUGUACAGUAUACGAAUCUCGCUGACGCUGGCCUGCCCGAUGAACCUGAAGCUGUACCCGCUAGAUCGGCAGGUUUGCUCACUCCGGAUGGCUAGCUACGGCUGGACAACCGCCGAUUUGGUGUUCCUCUGGAAGGAAGGCGACCCGGUGCAAGUGGUCAAAAACUUACACCUACCACGCUUCACACUGGAAAAGUUCUUAACCGAUUACUGUAACAGUAAAACUAUUACCGGUGAAUACAGCUGCCUGAAGGUGGACCUACUCUUCAAGCGUGAGUUCUCGUACUAUCUGAUCCAGAUCUACAUUCCCUGCUGCAUGUUGGUUAUCGUAUCCUGGGUGUCUUUCUGGCUGGAUCAGGGUGCCGUCCCCGCCCGGGUUUCGCUCGGAGUGACAACACUGCUGACCAUGGCAACGCAGACUUCCGGUAUCAACGCAUCACUGCCGCCGGUUUCCUACACCAAAGCCAUCGACGUUUGGACCGGUGUCUGUUUGACGUUCGUAUUCGGAGCCCUACUGGAGUUUGCCCUGGUGAAUUAUGCGUCCCGUUCAGCGGAUAGAGCCGCAGAUAUGCACCGGGAAAACAUGAAGAAGAAACGACGCGAGCUGGAACAGGCCAGCCUGGACGCAGCGUCCGACCUGUUGGACACGGACAGUAAUGCCACUUUUGCGAUGAAACCCCUGGUACGUCAUCCGGGAGACCCACUGGCACUGGAAAAACUGCGACAGUGUGAGGUCCACAUGCAGGCUCCCAAGCGGCCAAACUGCUGCCGGAGCUGGCUGUCGAAAUUCCCCACCAGCCCGUUGAAGAAGACUCCGUGCUUCGGAAGGGGACAAUGCUCCCGCUCGAAACGGAUCGACGUUAUCUCGCGGAUAACGUUCCCACUGGUGUUUGCCCUGUUCAACCUGGUCUACUGGAGCACCUAUCUCUUCCGGGAAGAGGAGGAAGAUUAGACUCCGAAUCGGCAACCAUCGGCUUGGCUGCGAACGAGCACGAAACCGAGGACAGCGAGAAGGCGACGGACGCAGCAUCGUUUAGUGUGGUUUAAUUGAACAAAUGAUUAUGAUUACCGUAACAACUAGUGAGGAUUAUCGUUAUGUGGGGAUGGGAAUGUAUAGGUUUAAACAAUUAAACAUGAAAAAACCCGUAGGGAGAAAAGCAAAAUGAAAACAUUCAUAGUAGCGAUUUAUAAAGAAAACAGCAACAGAUAGCGGAAAAUCUUUUUAAAAACAAAUAAUCUUCACCGUCAACAGGAGUUCAACUGUUACAGAAUCCACACAAGAAAAGUACUGCUCAACUGUUCAGCUUUCAUAUAAGUAAACAAAACAAAGUAGUCACCCCCAAGUCAAGCAUAUUUUAAGCAAGAGAAUUCAAACUGUAAACUUCCAAAAAUCAAACCCACAGCAAGCUACGCAUAGUAAACCCCCUUUUACACCACGUGAAGCAAACAGAAAAAAAAAAUCAUAUGCACGAAAACGUUAAAACACCUUAACUAUUACUAUCUUGUGCAUGCCAAAAAGACGCUCACCAAGUGAGCGCAAUACUGCAUCCAGUUAUUAACUAAGAAGAACAUGGGCGUGGUAGCUAGACGUCAGAUGUCACAUCUCGUAAUAAGCAGUAACUAAGAACACAAAUAAAACGUCACACGAGAGCCUAAUAGCCGUAAUAAUUUCAAAUAAGAAAGUGAAACAAUUAUUAUUAUUAUGAUUAUUACUAUAGGGGAUUAUAGGUAGAAGCUGAGGGUGUUCUGAACCAAAAACUCGUCAUCAAACUUAUCGAUGUCUAAGCGUAUGAGCAUUACUGUGUAACACAAUCAACAAAUGGCACCCACACAUACAUACAGACAGGACAGUCAAACAAACAAACAAACAAACAAACACCACAUUUGCGAGCUGUGUAACUCUGCUCGACAAUGACGGUUAUUGCACUCACAAAAAAUACAAUCCUAAAAUAGGCUCAUAACGGCGAACACUUCCGAAGGCAUUUACAUCUAUUCAAAUGUUACAAAUGAACUCCAGUGUCGGUAUAUUGUUAAAAUGUAACAUUAAUACAUACAGGGUUACCACACUGAACUAUAUAUACUAGCAGAAAAAAAAAAAUAAACACAGAACAUUGGACGGAAUGACUAUAGUUUAAGCACUGGCCGCACUGUCUGACAGUCGAGCAGAGGACGGCAAAGUGAAACGCAAAACCCCUCUUCCAGUUUUUACGUGGUAGUAGUGUAUCGUGUUACUAAUUAAUACGCGCAUCAGUAAACUUUAAAAAAAAAUGAAGAAAAAUAAGGAGAAUCUUUUCUACGCAUUUUGUCUAACUAUUCGGUAGAGGGUUAUUGCAUACGCGAAACUUACACACGAACUUGCGUUGGGCAGCGGGUGCGGGAGUUGAGUUUUUAAUUUACUUUUCUGUUGAUGUUUUAUAGUUUUCAAAAAAUAAUAACUUCAGCUUUAAACUUUCAGCUUUUAAAGCGAUCGGUAAGAUUCCAAAACGUUGGUGACGAUUGACUUGGCCACAUUCAAUAAUUUUGUCAACUUGGCGUGCGAGCAGUUCAGGAUUUUCAGCAAGAUUGUGAUUUGCUUCACUUGCUUUGACGCCAUUUUCGCAACUAAAGAGCAAAUGUCAAAAUCAAACAUAGGGCAUGAUACUAAACACAUACAUCUUUAAAAUGAGUUGUGUUCAGGUUUUUUUUUAUGCACGAUAAAAAUAAUCCGGCAAAUUGAAGCUGACAAUUUUUUUACCGUAACAUCCUUUAAUCUGAUUAUUGUUAUAUACAGCCAAUACAUUUUUUUACCAUGGGCCCGCUGCACACCCAUAGAGUGUGUGUAGCAUUGAUGAUUGUUUGUUCGAUUUGAGUGCUCCAGUAUAGUUUCUGGUUAGGUAUGAUUCCCAUAUAUUUGGCUUCAAUGGAUAGCCUUAUUUGGUGCCUUCUUUCCGCAGUUUAGGAAUAAUGUAUUCCCUUUUCCGAGCGAAAGGGGUAAUAGUUGUUUUGGAGAGAUUUACACUCAAGCCCUCUCGCCUGCAUCAUUUAGUUGUACGAUUCAGUGCAGUUUGCAUUCUGUUGAAAAAACCACCAUCGUGCUUUUCCUUAAACAAAAUCUGCAAAACCAAAAACGUCGAACCCUUUCUCUGUUAAGCUUUCAAGAAGGUCUUUGACGACUAAAAACCACAAUAAGAAGAUAAAAUUGUUUCUUCGCGACUAAUCAUGGCAUGGCAUGAAUCCAUUUUGUUGUGUGCCUGUCUAUGCCGUGCCUUUCCAUGGUUGUUUGUGUUGAGUUUGAGAUGCAUUAUUAAGUGCUCCCUCAAUAUCAGGAGAAGCUCCCAGAGAAAUUUUCUUGGGCUGAAUGGAUCUUUCGAUUUUUCCCACCAGCGCUGGCAUUGGGAGACAUAUCUUAAAUUUGAAGACAUUUAACCAACUUUGUAGACAUUUUGGUUUGCGCAGACAAAACGAAGAUAUUUGAAAAAAAAAUGUGAAGACAUCCGCUAUUUGUUGAGAUAGUGACUUUCCUUUUUUGCUGGCCUGAAGGCUUUCGGAAGUGUCUUCUCUCGUCUUAAGGCCUUUGGUAUGAAUAUUGCUUGCUCAAUUGGAACAUUCCCGGAGACUUGUAUGGUUGGAAAGAAUCUAUUGCCCUUCAAUCUUGGUUUUACUGAAUAUGGCGCAGGCCCGAUUUUCUAGUUUGAUUCUGGGGCUCAACAGUACUCAAAUAUGAUCUUAGAACAUGUAGUGCAGUUCGAAAGAGAGUACACUAUCCAAAAUAACUCGCAGAUCUUCAAUCUGUGUCACGUUUUUGGAACACCAUCCGCUAGUCGCUGAAGCUUAAUGCAGCACGCAAUAAAAAGCAAAGCCUUGGUGCUACAUUCCGAUUCGGAACUGGACCUUCUGUUUAUUAUACACAGACUGUUUAGUAUUAGUGCGGGCUAGCGCUACAGUCCUAUUGACACUUACAGUCUGUCCCGAACCGGGACUCGAGCCUACGACGACUCUCAAUCUUUACAAACUCUCAUCUUUACAGAGUGUACGAUUUUUCAAAUACGAUUCAAACUAUUGCACAAGAUGAAACUACAGGUUUCUCAAGUUUAGCCAAAAAUAUGCUGUGGUCUACUCAAUCGAAUGCUGCUUUCAGAUCAGUGUAUACUGCGUCUUCUUUGAGAUAGAGUCAAAUAUUAUCGAUCGUUUCGCGUAAAAAUUAUGUUGAUCCGGCGAGGGCGUCAUUAAUGAUAAUUUCCAUCACGUUAGAAUAUGCGCAGAGAGAUGUGAUGCCUCUAUAGUUGUGCUCAUCACGUCUAUCGCCUUUAUUGUGCACGGGAAACAUACUGGAAAUUCUUCAUCUGGAGAGAAAUACGCAUUGCCGAAGAGAUAAACGGAUAAUUUGGAGAUGGACAUAUAGUCUCCAAACAGCAACGAAAGAUCAUUAUGGUUCAAGCAAGAGCUGAUGGAGCUGAUAUGGUUUCCAACAGCGGUGUCAUCAGAACUGCGAUCUGGAGGAAGAUAGAGUACACCCAAAAUAAUGCUGCGAGUUGGCAGAGGGAUUUAAAUCCAAAGCUGUUCAGUGGUGUCACUUAUUGUAACCGAUCUUUUUCUAUUUUUCACUUUCAAUAAACGCAGAAUCGUUUCAGUUACAUCAGGUUUUUUCUCUGCAACGAGCUGUCAUACGAUGAGAAAAUUUUUCACGCACAUCCUUCACGGUUACCCAAUACAAUUUACUUCAAAUGAUCUUCACCAUUCCUUUGGUGAAACGAAAAUGAAAGUUGAACAGCUUGUUGUUUGUUUGCUUUGCAACAAACGAUUAUCGAACCAGUGCCGAAACCUGAAUCCGUCGCCAUAUAACUCGUUCUUAGGCUGCAAUCCUCCAGUCGCCUCUAAUACCUAUUAUGCGAGCAUUCUCGUCGACAGCACACAUCCAACGAGUGCGGGGUUUAUCCCAAAGUUAACAGCCUUUAUCGGGAUUCCUGCUAAAUAUAGUUUUUGAUGAUCGUUCCACCGGCAUUCUAGCUACAUGUCCAGCCCACUGUAGCCUGCCCUAUUUUAUCCGCUUGGCUAUAUUCGCCGAUUUGUAUGCCUGGUACACUGCAUGGUUCAUGCAUCUGCGCUAGAGAUGGUCGGGUUUGACUUUUUUCAACCCCGUACCCGACCCGUAGCCGAAUUUUUUUUUUUUGGUUGAAACCCGAACCUGAAACUUUGUUUUCCAUAAAAUCCGAACCCGAGAUUUUUUUUGGGGUCGAUUUUUUAAACUAAUUUGAGGCUUCCCUGAACAAUGCUGAAAUAAGUAAUUUUCCCCAGCAAAAUUCUUUGAAAACUACAUCCAAUCAUUUUCAAUAUUCACUUCCAAUGAUCGUAGCACUCUUUCAGAUACACUAGAUUUUCGUCCUAGUAGCGUGCUAUUAUACUCCGAUGAAAUAUUUCGCGCGCAUCGUUCACGGUUACGCAAUAAAAUAUGACGACGAAACCAACCAAAUAAUCUUCACUGUUCCUUGUUCAGGGUGGCCACUCUACCGGGAAAAGCGGGAAAAAGACGGGAAAUUCAAAUCACCGGGAAAAAAGUCGGGAAAUCCGGGAAAUUCAUCGUUCAGCAUGUCUUCAGCUUCAUUUGUUCAAUGUUUUCUAAGAAAGUAUCAGCAGCAAGUUUUAGCAAGUAAAAUCAUUGGAAAAUUAUAUCUUAAAAACUUCUGCUAACCGCGUUUAUAGACGAGUUGUAGCAAAUUAAUUUCUAGACUUGUAACAAAUAUCCAUUGGAACAAAAAAUAUCAAUUUGAAUGAUGUAAAAUUGAUGUCAUGUGAAAACUUGAAAGAUGGAGCGAACAUUUUUUUUUUAAUUUUUUGGCAAAUUAAAGACGAUUUCGUUAGAAUGAGUGUUUAAAAAGGAGCUCGUAUUUAUCGAAUAACUGAAGACAGUAAUGAGUUCGUUUAGAAAUAAAGUAAAAUUUGUUUUUACGCAGUUUUUCGUGUGGUUUUUCACGCGUCUCUUUUACGCGGAUUUUGGAAUUUUCGCAGUUCAUCAUGCGAAAUUUCAGGAAAAGUCGCGAUUUACUCAAAUUAUUUUGAUUAUUUUGUUUCUAAUUGUUUAUUUAGGGGGUCGGUUUUAUUUAUUUCACGGAAAAAAAAUCCGAGAUCUCAAAGUUUCAUACGUUUCUACGACAUUUGCCACAAAAAAAAUCGACGAUAUCAUGUACAUUUUUCAUUGUUCACUUUGAGGGUUUUGUUCCCGAAGUCCGUUGGAAAUCGAUUUUUGCAUGAGGACUUUUUUUGAGAAAACACAACAUUCCACUAACGCAAAACGAUGUUUAUUGGUUAAAUUUUUCCAAUGCAUUCUAUUGACACCCUAAUAUAGAAGCAUUGAAAUAGCAAAAGCAAGCAAGAAAGCGCGAGAAGCGAAGAUUGUCAAAGAUUUGAAGAUGAAAAUGGCGAAAAUUGUGCAUUUUGGUGUAUUGUGUGGCCUCUUUGUAUUGUCGACGAACAGAUAAAAGCGAUGACACAGAAAUAUUUUUCAUUGUUUUAUUACAGUAUUUUUGCAUGGACAUGAAUAAACAUGUGUAAAUUGAUAUUUUUCUCAUAUUUAUUUUUAAUAAAACACCGGGAAAAUUUAUAAAAUAUCACCGAGAAAACCGGGAAAAAAGCGGGAAAUCAAAAAUUGAUUUUAAGUGGCCACCCUGCUUGUUCCUUUGAAGCGAAAAAGAAAAACAAACAGCAAGCGUUAUCAAGACGAAACGUCAAAAAUGAUCCAAGCAAGAGUGAAUUCAAAAGAACAGUGGUCAAAAUGUAACCCCGAUUUGCUCCAAGUUGUUUGCUUCAAACGUGAUUGGCUGAAUUUGACAACACAAAUAGAUGUAGCAUUUAACACGAAACGUUUGUUUGCUCUGUUUUUGUUCUUCAGUGCCGGUUUUUUUUGCUUAGCAUGAAGGAAAACUGUGUGAUUGCAAGUCGGUAAAGGUUCUGGUUGCGGCUGUGCCAUUUUAUUUCCCUCAUUUUCGAGAAUUGCAGAUUGAGGUUUCGCCAAAACCGGGAAAAGCGGUGGUUGUUUCUGGUAGCUGGUGGCACGUCGUUUUUAAUAUGGAUUAGCAAUAGGUCGCUUUACAAUAGCUCGUUGAUUUUUCGGAGCUUCUUCCUAAACAAGCCUCUCAGGAAUGCAACCUCCGAGUGUUUGUCGCGGUUUUCUACUCGUAGGUGCAAUAACUGUCCACUUCAAUUGCACAGCGGGCUUUUGAUCCACUAGAAACUACUUGCUCGGAAGGAAUUUUACUUAGCGUGUUUUCGUUUCCUUUUAGAUGGUCCUGGUGUGGAUCUUCCGGAGCCAGCUUCUUUUGGCGUAAUUUUUUGUCCAUUGUUGUCGUCGAUCACUAUUUUGUUCCACUCAGCCAAAAUAAUCUCGCCGAAACACUUUUUCACUGACACUGACCGAUGACUUGACAACCUUCGUUAAUGAAUAACGAAAGAACGAAGAAAGGGUAUAUAAGCAUUGCAUGGAAGUGAAAUAUUUCAUCGGCAUAGUAAAAAGAAAUAAACUGAUCUUGCUGUCUUAUUUUUAUCGCAUGAAAUAUAACGAAGUGUUUUUUACAGUUCACUUCCAUGCAAAAAGCGGAAAGGGAGAACUCUGAAAGGAUUGUGAAAAAAAUAACGUUUAUGGUUGCUUUUUUCACUUUCACUCAAAAGUGUUAACAAAUAUCAACCCUGGCCCUGAAGCUUUGAGCGUCGUAUGGUAUUGAAAUGUUAAGCCUGUAUGACACUCUUUGACCGAGCGUCAAAUAUUUGUCGCUUUUUGACAGAUGAAAAUUUGGUCAAAGAUAAUUAUUUGUCAGUCUCCAAUUUUAACAUGGGGCAAACACGGGCAAACAACAACCAUGAUGUCAAAUAAAUUUGACCAUUAUGUCAGAAGGUCAUAUAUUUGACCAUUAGACAAAGAGUGUACUACAGGCUUUAGUGAUAUUUACAGUUGAUAUAGUCGGGUUUCGGGUUUGAAAUCCAAACCCGACCCGAACCCGAAAAUUCUUCCGACCCGCACCCGACACUUCCAAAAAACUUCAAAUCCGAACCCGUCCAUCUCUAACCUGCCCCAAACACUGUUUUCCGGUUUGCCGCUAAGGAUUGACCGCAAGAUUUUACCCUCAAAACUCCAAGAGCUCGCCUGUCAAUCUCUAUCAGUGUCCAUGCUUCAUGGCCAUAGAGGAAAAUCAAGCAGCAUGCUUUAUCAAAAUAAAACGCCGAAAUUGUUCCAAAAAUGGACAUUUCGGAGCCGAUUUCAUUCGGGGUAGUAUUUUUUAAAUUUAUCAUAAGUCGCGUAAUGCCACAGAGAACAGAGAAUUUUCAGAAAAUUUGAAACGGUGAAAACCAAACGAACACCUUUUCAAUGAGAUUGACGGAUAACUUGACUUUUUUUUACGAAUGAUGAAAACACGAAGGAAGGAAGAAUGAACAUUGCAUGAUAGUGAAAUAUUUCGUUGUCAUGGUAACACUGACAUGGUAACACACGCAAAUAUAUGCAUUUUCUGUGAUAGUCAGGCAGCACUUAAAGCCCUGAACUCUCCUUUCUGCCACUCUAAACUAGUGUGGGAAUGCAUCCUGUCGCUCCGAAAGUUAGCUAUGAAAAACCAAGUGAACUUAUACUGGGUUCCUGGUCAUUGUGGAAUCGAAGGAAACGAGAAGGCCGACUUACUAGCCAGACAAGAGUCAUCUACUAACUUUGUUGGCCCAGAACCUUUCUGUGGAGUCUCCCCGAGCGCUCUAAAAGCUGAACUCGGUGAAUGGGAAAAAGCGACCAUCAAAGCAAACUGGGAUGUCAUAAGGCGGCAUCCAUAAAUUACGUAACGCACAUAGGGGGGAGGGGGGGUAUCCUUAUGCGUUACGAUUUGUUACACAGGGGAGAGGGGGAGGUGAGUUCAGCGUUACGUAACGAAAAAUCUCUGGAGGGACUCUUCAAAAACGAGCAUUUUUAUCAAGGAAAUCCUUCUGCAGCGUUACGUAAUUUUUAUGGGGGAAAGGUGUUAGCGUUACGUUUCGUUACAUAUGGGGGGGUGGGGGUCCAAAAAUUGGGUUUUUUGCGUUACGUAAUUUAUGGAUGUCGCCUAAGCGGAUUACGGCAAUCGAAAAGAUUCAUAGAGCCAAACCGCGAGAAGAGCCUCGUGCUGCUCAGAUUAAAUAAGAAAGACUUGAGGACAUUCACAGGUCUUAUUACAGGACAUUCACAGGUCUUAUUACAUCCGAAUAAGUAUCAUCUCAAGAAGAUAGGCAAACUUGAUGAUGAUAAAUGUCGCCUGUGUGGCAUCGGAAGCGAAACUUCACAACAUCUACUCUGCGAAUGCCGAGUAUUAAUACAACGCAGAUUGCGUAUCUUCGGUAAGGAACACAUAGAACCUACCGAAAUUUGGAGGGAAAGUCCUGGUGAGGUAAUAAACUUCAUACGAAGUGCGUUGCCCAACUGGGAUAAAUGUGCAAUGUAGCAAGGACAUCAACUCGCCAAAUAGUGAUGUACCUGCUCGUACGCUCUUAGAGUAAGGUGGAGCAUACCACAAUAGAUCAAACAAUGGUCGCAGUGGUUCAGUCUUCUACAAGGAAAUUAAAAACUCUGACGCUUAUAGUGUUUUUUUUUACCUUUACGCAAAAGCUCUGGUAACCAGAUGCCCUGAGAUUGUGAAUUUUUUUUUUUUUGUAGAAUCCGAAUUCGUAUGAAAAAAAAGCAUUAACUAUCUAUGUACAUACCUGUGUGGAUCCAGGUCGAUACUUUAAUUCCUUCCACUGAUUGUUGUGGAAGAUGCAGCAGAGGACUGCCUCUUAAAGCAAUAGGUGUCAAACUAAUGUUCAGAAAAUCCUUUUCUCAAUUCAUUGGCAUGUAUCGAUGUCCGCUUAGUAUUGACCCGUCAAAAGAUUGGAAUACGGGACCUAAAGAGCUAUUGGUAAAUCCGGAUCUUCGGGACCAUGCUCAAGAUCGGGUAUCUGCUCUGAAAUGGCAAUUUCGGACAACUUAUCAAAUGGACUCAAAUUGAAUGAAAAUCAAUUCCUGGAGUGGUUUCAUGAAUUUUGACAGGCCAAGAUCCAAAACCGGUCAAGAAAUAAAAAAGCAAGAAGCAUUUAAUUUUGUGGGUACCCGGGUACCCUGCCGGGUACUAAUGGGGUAAAAGAAUUCGAAGCUUUCCCCUUCGACCCCCCCUGCUGCUAUAAACAGUCUAAUGAUGAAGAAAGGUUUAUUUCCACUAAUUAGGAGCAUUUCAUAAGUUUCAGCUGGCUGAGUUGAUGUUAUCCUUGUUUUUAAAGCAAUGAAGUCUGAAAAGGUACCCGAGUACCCUGCCGAGUACAUAACGGGUAAAAGACAGAACGAAGGUAUGGCACGUCCGCAAGCUUGACGUAGAACUUAAGGUUGGUUGUUACAUUACUUGUAAUGAAUAUUUUUUUUAAAGUAAGUGCAAAAGGGGAGUUGCAGUUCUACCGAAAUAUGAAUACAACACAACUGAACAGGAAUGAAACAAACCCUAUGCAGUGCAAACAAGUUUCAACAGUCAGAAUACAUGCGGGUAAAAUAACAUUUAACUUUUAAUUCUAGCGCAAAUGAGAAAAUAUUAAAUCUUCAAUACAUUUGUUUAGUUGUCCUUAAAAGGACAGUUUAAAAUUCAAUUUAAAAUCGUAUAUGAUGCUGAUAGCACCUCUGUGCUACCGUGACACCAUAAAUUGUGGUGAAUUUGCGUAUGACGAAGGCAUGGAAUCAUCUGUGCCGCUACCGCACGAAGGCAGCUUUUUACUAAAGAAUGUACCACUGCACCUGGAGCUGCCACUACAACUGCCGCUACCGCACAAAGACAACUUUUCAAUGGAGAAAAAAAAUUUCCAUAUGCCUACUGCUUUGGUCAGGAAGACUCCUCAUUCAUUCAAAACAGAAAGAGAUAGUAUGCUGUCAUCCCCCUAGUUAAAAUCAUCCUGGCAGCCAUCUACUAGUAAAAUGAUUGGUGUGAGCAGAGAUAGGCUUUUAUAUAGGACAUAGAGUGCAUACCUCGUUUACUAGGCAUAUAAUUCUGUCGACAGCGCUAGGGCAACCAAGCAUUACGCGACCAAUCAAAGGUAGAAAUCUGCGUUUUCACAAGGUUUGACAAUGGUCAACAGUACAAUAGUAAUUGAUUAUAAUUUCCUUCAUUUUGGUGAACUAAGGAAAAUCUAUCGAAAUCGAACCGACUUCUUAGUAUUUGAACGGUUACCGAAAUCCGCUGCUCACGCAUAAAUAACACACAUCCAAGAACGUUAGGUCUCACCCCAGUUGGAAGCCCUUAUCAGGGUCUUCACUGGGUAUAAUGUAAUCGUCAACUUUCUAGGUGCUGUGUAAACGAUUAUAAACUGAUCACACCAUCACAGACGAUCGAAGCAACACAGGUCCGCGAUCUGGACGAAAAGCUGUCAAAGGUUUUAUAAAGACCGCCAAAAUAUAUGAAAACCAAACCAAAAAAAAAACAAACAAAAAUAAAGUAAACAAUGUAGGAACAAAUUCGUUAGGCGCAGCUCUGUAAUACACUUACACUCACACACACUAACCCUAAACUGGAAAUGGAAAAGAAAACCCAGUCUAUUAUACUAUACACAUUAAACCAAGAAAAACAAACAAUCAGUGGUAACGUAAAUCGAUGAGUUGUUUACUGUACAUUUUAUUAUACCGACUAAAUCGCUCUAUAUAGCGCAUACACUAACACAUAGGAAAAAAUCUUUAUUACACGUUACGAAACUAGCAGAGAAAUGGAUAAAAUAAAAUACGGAGAAGAGGAAGAAAAAAAAGUGGAAUACAUUUGUCGUUGUACAUUUUCUAUACUAGCUAAGAUUUUUGUUCCUUUCCUAACACUAAAAGCAAACUGUGUAUAAGUUACAUAAAUUAGUUAAGCAUUAUUGUUUAAACAAAAUGGGAGGAAAAAAAGAAUUAUAUACAAAAUACUCGUUUAAA